AUGAACCUUGACGAACCUUGGGGCCGUGAGCCCGUCAACCCUGGCACCGCCUGGACCCUUUGGCACCUGAGAAGAGCCGCGGAUGCUGCUGGCAACUCGAACAAUGCAGUCCGCCGCAACUCCCCGGAGCCUCCCAAAACUUGGGAAGAAGAAGAAGAAGAAGACGACGAAGACGACCUGGCCUCGGACGAUGAUCCCGCCAACAACGCCUCUCCCACUCCCGCAGUGGUCGACAGAAACAUCGACCCUGCACCUCCCAACGUCGACAAUCCCGACGAAGAAGAUGAGGAUCCUGCUCCGGCAGAUGCAAGUUCGGCCACAAGUGCCACCAUUCGCGCUCCCCCGCGCACUGCUACGACUCGCAAUCGUGAGCAGAUGCUCGACGGUGAUGAAGAUGAAGACGAUGACGACCGCCCCCUUCGCCGUCACAAAGGCGAAAGCAGUCCUGCCGCCGAGGGUGAAGAUGAGACCGAAAUGAGUGGGAGUGAAGAGGGAGAUGAGGAUGCAAGUUAA